AGUGACCAUCUUUGAUCAGUCCAAGUCACAGUACUGCUUGUCGGGACUAUUGCCAGGAUAUGAUAAAAUACAGCUAGAGAUUCAUGUGGUUAGCCGCGAAGUCAAUGUUGUAAGAAUCUUUUUGAAUUCCACUGUUUUGCAGAUCUGCCAGAUUGACUUGGAGUCCGUGACUUGUAACGAAACGACUCAAGACGGUUGUUUCUGUCGUUCAAAAGACCAAUUGCUCAACCUCUACGUGCUGGUUGUUCGUCUCCCUGCCAGACGUCAAUACAGUCGAUCUGAUGUACAUGUCACUUCGCUAAGAAAUGGAGUACUGACAAAACAUCGGCAAUCUGUCAAGCUCCCGCUUAUUGACAGUCAACUAUCUAUCAACUUUCACGUUGAUGGGAAGCUGCUCGACAUUUUCCCUUUCCAGAACAUUCGCUUGAAGCUAAACAGCCCUCACCUGAUUCAAGUCUGCUAAACAGCCCUCACCUGAUUCAAGUCUGCUAAACAGCCCUCACCUGAUUCAAGUCUGCAACACGAUCAUGUCGUCACAGAAGCAGGCCAGUGUCAGGUGGCAGUGUGGUACGGAGGUGACUCCUUUCACCGAGUGUGUGGAGACCACCAUUGAGUUAAUAACUGACAAUCAAUCUUUGUGCAUAGAGAACAUCAAGACAUGCGAUGGCAAUAAGUCACUGCAGGUUCUCCUCAUUGGUCGACCAGAGAUCACAAUAACAGACGUCUCCAAGUCUAUGACAUGUUCCACAGGCCUCCUGGCCAACUUGGACUAUGUCCAGCUGAGACUUCUGUACGACGCUUACAACUCCAGCAAGGUUGACCACAUUGAUAUCGAAGCCAUCAGCCAGCUAGAAAUAGAUGACCACCCUAAGACCAUCAACAAGGGGUACGAGAUGGUCACUAACAGCGAGUCCUUGGUCCACAUUUGCCGCAUUUCUCUGAGGCCCUGUCCGACCAUGGGGACCUCCCAGUGCUUCUGUAGUUUCAACGUAGAUCAUGUUUACCAUCUGACGGUCAACGUGACUGCCCAACUUGAAUUUAGCCGUGGCUUUAUGCUGGCCGUCUUAUCCCCUACUGCUAAUUAUGAUGACACCUUAUUGCUUGGACGACGAAUUCAGCUCAAGAAAUUUUACGUGAAAGGAAGUGAGUCGGCCACCUUGCUCUAUGAAGGAGUUGACCUACUUGCAGACAAAUGUUCCAACAACUUCACAGUCAUUUCCGACAAGACGCUGACCUUCUGCAUGUAUGACAUUGAUCACCCUGCCAUUAGUCUCUUCGUCAACUCUAACCACACACAGACUUCCAUGUCCGGGGACUGUCUCAAGUCAAAGGUUCGAUUAGAAGCCGGCUCCAACCACCUAGUCUACAGCUACAUUGAUUCCUGCCGACGACGAGGGAGCUAUGAGUGUACAAUUUGGAGUUCCACCAUUGCAAUCGUCAAUAUAACAGUGACGCCAGACACCAUUGAAGAAAUAGACCUUACAGAAGGAUGGACAUUUAUAUGGCAUAUACUUUUGGCCAUGGUUGUAGUGAAUGUUGUGUUUAUUUUGUAUUGCUACAAAAUUGGUGCUUGUUGCUUCAAUGAUUGUGGUGAUGACAUACCUCUGAUCAUCUUCCAAGAUGUUUCGCAAGGCGAAGGACGUCUGCAGCCCAAGGAAGCAGUAGUUCAAUAUUCAUCCUCAUUGGGAGCCAGCUCAGUUUCUGAUUCCGUAGACCCUGUUUUUAAACAUGUGCUGAAGAUAAAACUGAAUUCCAGUAGAAGUGACAUCAUUAUAGGAAAACGAUAACACCAAUGGUGGAACACGACAACACCAGUCAUGGAACAAGACACCAUCGAUAUAGCAUUGACUUAGUCAUUUAAUUAAAUGACUGACCAAACUAAUUAAUACA